AUGUCCUAUCGACUUCUAGUAACAGGCGUUAAACAGAUUGUCCAGAUAACCGAUGAUCCUCAUGUAUCCUUCCUUAGCGGUAAACAUGAUAUGAACAAUAUAAAAAUUCUCGAUGAUGACUCUUCGCAAUUGUCUGUCCUUGUUGACAGCCACGGGAUUAUUAAAUAUAUUGGGAACGAGGCAGGCGCUUUGAAACUUCUGGGUGAUAUUGAACCAGAUGAGAAAUUGGAUGCUCUUGGAGGUGUUUUGAUUCCUGGAUUUGUUGAUGGUCACUCUCACCCUGUUUUUGCGGGAGAUAGAGUGCAUGAGUUCGCUAUGAAGCUUGCAGGUGCAACAUAUAUGGAGGUUCAAGCAGCUGGUGGAGGAAUACAUUUUACAACAACCAAAACUAGAGAAGCAACAGAAGAUCAACUUCUGGAUGACUUUCUUAAUGUAGCAACUCUUAUGAUACAUAGUGGUACAACUACGCUGGAGGCUAAAAGCGGAUAUGGAUUAGAAAUGGAAACAGAACUUAAGAUGCUCCGAGUUUUGAGUCGUUUGUCAGAUUUUGUACCACUUGAAAUUUCUGCUACAUUCUGUGGAGCGCAUGCUGUUCCUAAAGGCGUGACUGAAGCUGAACAAACUGACUUAAUCUGUAAUGAAAUCAUUCCGGCAAUAGAAAAAGAGAAGAAAGAAGGGAAGUUGCGUAAUUUGGAGAACAUAGACGUAUUCUGUGAGAAGGGUGUUUUUGGUGUCGAAACAACACGUAGGAUUCUCGAGGAAGGGAAAAAAACAGGCUUAAAUGCUAAUUUCCACGCAGAGGAACUGAAUUGGAUCGGAGGAGUCGAACUUGGAGCUGAACUGGGAGCACGAGCUAUGUCCCAUUUGGAAGAGAUUUCCGAGAAAGGUAUCGAAAUGAUGGCUUCGUCUGGCUCUGUAGCCGUUCUUCUUCCAUCAACUGCAUUCAUUUUGAGAUUAACUCCCCCUCCAGCACGCAAAAUGAUAGAGAAAGGUGUCGUAGUGGCCUUAGGAUCAGAUUUUAACCCGAACGCUUUCUGCUUUGCUAUGCCAAUGAUAAUGCAUUUAGCUUGUAUAACCAUGAAAUUAUCAAUGCCAGAAGCUUUGGUUGCGGCAACCCUCAAUUCAGCUCAUUCCAUUGGCCGCGGAAAAACUCAUGGUGCGAUAUGUGUUGGUCGCAAAGCCGAUAUGGUAGUUUUAAAUGCGAACUCAUGGGAGCAUGUUGUCUAUAGAAUGGCUGGACAUAGCAGCGUCAUCCAGCAAGUCAUCAAGAAUGGUCACAUCGUUUUUCAACAAUGUUGA